UGGCACCUAACCCUUGGAGUUGAUGAGAAGAUUCGCCAAGGGCGGAGGCCGGGCGCCCGGCUUCGGGCGGGCGCUCGCCAGGGUCGGUCCUUUUCCCGGAAAGGGUGCGGUGGAGAGAACACAGAACUCCUCCAGGGGGCUCCGAAGACUCGCGUCAUUCGCCACUUGGGCUGGCUUAUAAAGCAGUCCCCCGGGGCCCCGGAUCAUUUUUAGUUUCUCUUCUUUCGGAAGAAGCCUCGCCGUGCCCAGCUGGGGAACGUCACCGUCGCGGAGCCAAGAACCCGGCGAAGCGGUCCGGCGGUUGCGGAAGUCGCCGGCAGAUCUGCACGCGCGCUUCGCUUUCUUUCCCUUCGGCUGCCGUCGCGGUGGACUUUCAGUCCCACACGCGGGAUCUGGUCGGGGGAGCUCCGGCCUCCGGACCCGGGGCCGAGCGGGAAAGCGAAACCGCCGGGCUCAGCAAACGGCGGCGAGGAGCGCGCGCUCGCCGGGCCCGGGGCGCGCCCCGCGCGGCGCCGCCUGCCCCCGCCCUCCGCCCCCGGGGCUCGUUUAAGUUUCGAUUCUCCCGGGAGCGGAGUCCCGCGCCGCGGCCGGCCAGCGCAGCGCGCCAUGGCGGACCCGGAGGUGUGCUGCUUCAUCACCAAAAUCCUGUGCGCCCACGGCGGCCGCAUGGCCCUGGGCGCGCUGCUCGAAAAGAUCGCGCUCUCUGAGGCGCAGCUCCGCGAAGUGCUGGAGGCGGCGGGGCCCGACCGCUUCGUGGUGUUGGGGACCGGCGACAAGACCAGGGGCACCGGGUUCGUGGUGGCCACCACCCGAGCCCGGGUGUGCCGUCGCAAGUACUGCCAGAGGCCGUGCGAAGACCUGCACCUCUGCAAGCUCAACCUGCUGGGCCGGUGCCGCUAUUCGCAGUCGGAGCGGAAUUUGUGCAAAUAUUCUCACGAGGUGCUCUCAGAAGAGAACUUCAAGGUCCUGAAAAUUCAUGAGCUCUCUGGACUGAACAAAGAGGAAUUAGCAGUGCUCCUUGUCCAAAGUGACCCCUUUUUUAUGCCUGAGAUAUGCAAAAAUUAUAAGGGAGAGGGUCAUAAAGUUAUCUGUGACCAGUAUCCAUCUUGCGAAAGGCUCCACAUCUGCGAGCACUUUACCCGAGGGAUUUGCGGUUAUGCCAACUGCCUCAGGUCCCAUAACCUGAUGGACAGAAGGGUGCUGGCCAUCAUGAGGGAGCACGGGCUGAGCUCCAGUGUGGUUCAGAACAUCCAGGAUAUCUGCAACAGCAAGCACGGCCGCAAGAAACCCCCCAGGGGCAGAGCACCUUCCGCCUAUCGUAGAGAUACGGCCUAUGGAGGGAGAAGCAAGAGCAGAGACCGAUCAUUCCAGGGCUCUCUCGAAUUUCUUUCAUCUGCUUCAGCUUCUACUCAGAAGCCCUCCAGCCCCGGCCCAGAUCAAACUGACCACAGGCCUCCCCUGGAUGACAGGCCUGUAGAGGAGCUGGCCCGCAAGUUCAUGCAUUUGGGAAAUCAGGAUUCCUCGGCCUCGCCUAAGGCUGAUAAUCUUGGAAAAACAGGUCAAAUGGGAAGGAACCAGCGGUUUUCAGAGAAUGGCAGUCCAGAGGAUCUCUUUUUCAGGAAUCUAGGUGGCACUCCCGUCCCUUCUGACGCGACGCCAGCUUCCAACCGGAAGGGCCCUGGGUCCUGGCUGAAUGACAAAGGCACCAGUAGAGAGAGGUUGUUUUCCCCGAGUCAGGCUGCCUCUGGCUCCCCUCUGGGUUCUCCACAAACACCUGACACCAUACCCGCCAGAAAGGGCGUGGGCGCCCUCUCCUCAGACGGCACGAAUGCCGAGGGCAGAAGCGGGAAUCAAAAUGCCCAGUAUUUCCCACUUUUUAGUAACGUUGAUGGGAUGGCCACAGAUAGUGCUUCCACAAGAUCUCUGAAUUACAGAACCACAACCAGCGGACAGAGAGAGAAAUCGUUACCGCGGAAUCAGGACACCGGAACUACUCACAGUCGUCUCCAGACCCCUGGCAAGCUUACAGAUGGCCGUGGGCCGGCAGCGGCUUCUGUGAACGGUAGCCACAGUGAGAAGGCAAUGUGGCCUGAUUCUGCAUCUAACGUGGAGAACAUGAGCUCUUCCAGGACAGAUGAUUGUGCCUCAGAGGAAAUUUGUCUUGACCAUCUGUGUGAAGGUUGUCACCUUGCAAGCUGCAACAGAGUGCACUUCCACCUGCCUUACCGGUGGCAGAUGUUACUUGCAAACACCUGGAUUGACCUGCAGCCCAUGGAGAACAUUGAGAAGGCCUACUGUGACCCCCAAAUCCGAACCUUCCCUUUUGGAAAUAAAAACAUCGACUUCCAGAAGAUGACUUGUAAUUUUUAUCGCAUCCGACGUAUCUCUACACCUUCAUCUGUCACAGUGCGGACCAAUUUUGUCUUUGCCACAAAAUGGAUUUGGUACUGGAGGAAUGAGUCUGACAGAUGGGUUGAAUAUGGGGAGAAGGUUGACAAAGAGCAAGCCGCAAACGUCGACUCUUCGUACCUGGAGUCUUUCUUUCUAUGUUAUCCGAGGGGAAUUGUGCCAUUUCAGGCAGGUUCACGGAGCUACGAGCUGAGUUUUAUGGGGAUGAUUCAAACAAACUUAGCUUCCAUGACCCAAAAGGAUGUUGUCAGAAGGCCAAAAUUCAUGUCUUUCAAGGAUGUGGAGCAGAUUAAAAGUGGGUUCAACCAUCAGCCGGCGCAGACCCUGUCAGAGCCUUUAACCUCGACAUUAUCUCCUCAGCAGGACUUUGGUUCGAAUGAAUAUGAGUUGUUAGAGAUCAAUCAGCAGACUCGAGAAUAUGCCAUAGUAAGUGAGCAUUUCAAAGCUUCUAUGAAAAAUUUCAAGAUUGAAAACAUAAAGAAGAUCAAGAAUACAAAGCUCUUGAAUGCGUUUGAAAGGAAAUUACUUCAGAAAAGAUGCCAUCUAUUCCCAUAAAAAUUGCCAGUGUGAUACCAAAAACAUCGUUAUGUUUGUAGCUCGAGUCCUGGUUGGAGAUUUUACUCAAGGAGACAUGGGAAGCCCGAGCCCUCCU